CGUACAUAUUUGCUUAUAACAGUUUACUGCGGUUCAUUAUCAGUUCCUCUUGUUUUAGGAAAAACCACAGAUGAAUUAUUAGUGUAUUUAUAUUAGUUAUAUUUAUGGUAUAUUCCAUAGGCUCAUGAAACUGAUCUAUAAAUUUUGUUCCUUUAUAUCUCUUAUAAUAAUCACUUAUCACAAUCCACCUGGUAAUGAACGUGUAUUUGAAAAUAUCCUUGUAGUUUCCUCGUUCAGGAAUAUUUUUUUUGUUUUAACGACCUUACUACACUGAAUUACCGACUAUUAAACUGAUGCAAUUUCUUUGGCAUAUUACUAUGUUGUUUUUCAAAGUAUAAAAAUACCUAUAUAAGCUGAAGAAAAUCCAUUGGUUACGCUUCAGUUGUUUGUGAGUGGUGCAUCUAAAUUCCAAAAAUGAAGACCAAGGACUUCACAGGAAUACCUAUAGAGGUUAUCAGAGACCCAAAGCUAAUGCCUGGUGGAAACUACAUCAAGACAGGCAAAGACUCUACCCAAAGUACUUGUCUCCUCUUUGCACCACAAGGCGAGGAAGUUGGUACUCUAGCGAAGUACCUGGCUAUCUUCCAGAAACAUGGCGUCAAUCUCAGUCAUAUCGAAUCAAGACCUUCAACAAAGGUACCCAACAAGUAUGAGUUUAUGGUAGAGUGUGUACCGUCUGGUGACCUGGGGGAGGCUGCGUGUGAGCUCAAGAAAAGUUGCGAGUACUUGAAGAUUAUUUCCAGAGAUUACAAGGAUAAUAUAGGUACCGUCCCAUGGUUCCCACGACGUAUCAGAGAUCUGGACCGAUUCGCAAAUCAGAUUCUAUCGUAUGGAUCUGAGUUAGAUGCUGAUCAUCCUGGAUUUACUGAUCCUGUUUACAGGGCAAGAAGGAAGUAUUUUGCUGAUAUAGCUUACAACUACAGGCAUGGUCAAAAACUCCCACACGUGGAUUACACAAAGGAAGAAACUGAAACGUGGAGAAAAGUAUUCAAACAGUUGACUACUCUCUACCCGACUCAUGCUUGUAAAGAACACAACCACGUCUUUCCGCUGUUAGUAGAAAACUGUGGAUACAGAGAAGAUAACAUACCUCAGCUGGAGGAUGUCUCGAACUUCCUUAAAGACUGUACUGGCUUUACCUUACGUCCUGUAGCAGGACUUCUAUCAUCCAGAGAUUUCCUGGCAGGUUUAGCCUUCAGAGUAUUCCAUUCAACUCAGUACAUCCGACAUCCCAGCAAACCAUUUUAUACACCAGAACCUGAUGUUUGCCACGAAUUGCUAGGACAUGCCCCACUUUUUGCGGAUCCUGAAUUUGCGAAUUUCUCGCAGCAGAUUGGACUUGCGUCCCUUGGAGCUCCAGAUGAUUACAUAGAAAAACUCGCAACUUGUUUUUGGUUUACUGUCGAAUUUGGUUUGUGUCGAGAAAAUAACGAGGUGAAGGCCUAUGGAGCCGGUUUAUUAUCAUCUUAUGGUGAACUUCAAUAUGCUCUUGAAGAUAAAGCUGAAAUUAGGCCAUUCGAACCGGCGAGAACCGCCUUGCAGAAAUACCCUAUCACCGAGUACCAACCAGUAUACUAUGUUGCUGAAGAUUUUGAGGAUGCUAAAGAAAAAAUGAUGUAGGUAUUACGUAAAAAAUAUACAGGGUGGCCAAUAUAUAACUGAUCUAAAAUUGCGCGCCAUUUUUGAUACACGUAUUUCAGUAGGUGGCGUCGUAGUAGCUGCUUAAAGCACAUGUGUCCAAUUCAUCAUAUUGCGCUACACGAACCCACAACGCGUCCGUAUUGUUAAAACGUUUUCCUAAAUAAUGAGUCGGAUUGCUACAAUUCUACAAGCUACGACAAGAUUUCGGUCGAAAUAAUGUGCCCAGUGUCAACAGCAUUCAUCAGUUGGUGCGUAAAUUUGAAGAAACAGGUGAAGUUAAAGACUUGCCUAGGUCGGGCCGUGUUCGAACUGUUCGUACUCCGGAAGAUAUCGAGAGAGUUCGUGAAAGUGUAGUGGAGCGCCCUGAGACAUCUCUACCAAACAUCGUCCUCAAGAACUGGGUAUAAGUCGCGCGUCAUUAUGCACUUAUUUGCGUCCAUACAAAAUUUAAUUAACCCAAAAAGAAAAUAACGAUUUUUACCGACAACUGAUAAUGAGCGAUGAAGCCCACUUCGCUAUGAACGGAUUUGUUAAUAAGUAGAAUAGUCGUAUCUGGGCAUUAGAGAACCCUCGUUUCAUCCAUCAACGACCACUACAUACUCGUCGAUUCACAGUUUGGUGCGGUAUUUGGUAUGGAGGUGUCAUUGGACCUUACUUCUUUGAACACGCUGCAGGUAAUUCUCCUACUGUCACUGGCGAGCGCUACCGUGAUAUGGUGCAAAUCUUUCUGGUUUCUCAAAUCCAACAAUUUAACCUGCAAAACACGUGGUUCCAGCAGGACGGAGCGACUUGUCAAACAGCUAGGGAAACAAUGAAUCUUUUGCGAACAAUAUUUCCGAGACGUUGAAUUUCUCGAUUUGGUGAUGUCAACUGGCCACCAAGGUCACCGGAUUUAACGGUUCCUGACUUUUUUAUAAGAAUCUUUGCAAAAUAGGGCUUAUAAUAAACCAAAUACUUUAGAGCAGCUGAAGAAGAAUAUUACGGAAGCGAUUGAAACUAUUCCUCCCCAACCUACCAAAAAGUGAUGGAAAAUGUAAUCAAGAGGGCUCACGAUUGUGAGGUUUCUAGAGGCGGACAUUUGUCUGAUAUUAUUUUUCAUGCAUAAUUUCAGAAGUUUCAAAUGAUUAAAAUGAAAAUUGAUGUAUUUUAUUUCAUUUCACAAAUAUUCAACAUACAAACCAGUCAGUUACAUAUCGGCCACCCUGUAUAUAUCUAUACUCUUCUCCAAAAAUGUUUGAAUCGGUCAUUUUACUACAUCGCAGUUAUUGAAAAUAUAUUAAGCUGACUAUGGCAUUUGAAUUUUGAAAGGUUGAAAUGUGGAAUAACACUCACAGUUUGAUAAUAAUACAGGAGAAAGUCUGAAAAAUUGUUAUUUUAACAAGAAAUAUGAUUAGUGGGAUCAUUGAUAUAUAAUAAUGUAUCACAGCUAUCUUUAUCCUCUCCGUAAUAACUAGGAACCUACUUUAAAACGAAUUUUUACAUGCAAAAAGCAUUCUCAUUGACAAUCAGUUUGGUUUUCGUUCAAGAUGUAACACUGGCGAUAUACACGCACGCAUGUAAAAUAUAUAGAAUCUGGUGAAUAUCCUGUGGGAAUAUUCUCAGACAUAAGUAAACCUUUCGAUUGGGUCAGUCAUCAAAUACUAUUAACAAAAGCUGACAAAUAUGGAAUUCGCGGUAAGUCCUUAGAAUGGCAUACAAGAAACGGAUGCUUGUAAAAUACAACAUCCGCGUUACUCAAUGCUGACAUUUGAAAGCCUCAAGCUCCAUCCUGGGCCCUAUAUUGUUCAUAAUUUUUGUGACUGACAUUACGUCUUCGCUGAUGAUGCCUCAAUAUCAGAUAAAAGCACAAAUUUAACUGAAGUUAAAGUACAUAAGGGAUUAAAGCAACUGUAUGACAGGUUUGACAUCUACCUCUAAGAAAGCAUCCCUGGUAAAAAA